AUUUUUCGAAAACGAAACAAAAAAAACAAACCCACACAGAAAAUUAUCCUUGAUUUUUCGAAAAAAAAAACAGAACAGUUAAACUAUAAUAAGUUAAAUGAAUAUCUUGGUUAUUGAAAAGGACUUAAUCCCGGAAAGGAAACAAAAAUAGGUCGGUCAGAAAAGUAGGUGAAAUGGCGGUGGAAGCUAGAGUGUUACUCUUCAGUCAGGUGAUUUCAAGAUGCAUCAAGGAUCCAUCCGUCGUAACUCGUCUCGAUGCAGAUUUAGUAAUACCUUCUGAUGAGUGUUCAAAGAUAAAGAAGAUGUAUACAGAUGGCGAUCCAUUUAAAGCCAAUGAAGAGAUGAUAACCUGUCUUCAAAAAUCGUCUGCAAGAGGGAAAUGGAAAUCGUUUUUAAAUGCUUUAGAUAAUUUAGAGUACAAGUAUCUCAAGUCCUUACUGGAAACAGACGGUAAACCAAAUGUGAAUGAUGACCGUGGAGGGGCAAUGAUAAGAAUGUUUACACCUUACCUAGAAAGUACAAUUGAUGCAAUGGAAAUCGUUGUUGAGCUUUUUUCAAGAAAGGUGAUUAAUGACACGGAUUUCGGAAUUAUUCGUGCAAAAAAUCAAACAAUGGGGAACACAUAUGCAACAAUCGUACUUUUAGAGAGGAUGCAGUGCAGACAGGCUCCAGCCGAAUGGUAUUAUCAAUUUCUUGAUGUAUUGGUUCAUAAAAACCUAAAACACAUUGUUGAAGAAAUUGAACCGGACUUCCUACGAUGUCCCGAGCAAUUCCGAUUUUGUAAUGAAAGACAAAGGGAAUGCGAAGGAAAUGUCCCAAUUAAUGAGUCAUACGAUACAGAAGUGCCAGGAUGCAGCACCGCUGGCGACGUAUUUGAACACAUGCUGACAGAUUGCGGAGAAGCUGCUGAAGAAAUGGACGAAAGUGUCCCUGAACCACUGGACGAUGAGGAAAAUGAUCCUGACUCGUCUAGUGAUUUGAAAACAAAAGAGACAAACGAUUUUAGUAUUUCCAAAGAUGGGCUGUGCAAAUACACAAACACACAAAACAGUAUAAUAAAUGAGACAGAAUCUGGAGGCACAUGCGCUUUAAACAAAUUAGCAUUUCAGGCACUUGGGACAAGACCAGCCCCAGAAGGACAAGCGUUAUCUUGCCCUGACUCUACUGGCCAAAACGAAACGGAACAAACAAGUGAAGAGGAAAAACAAAAUGAUUCCGUUGAACUUGAAAAGACAGCAUCUGUAGUCAGUGAUGAAUUUGUAGACACAAAUGAUGAAACUGGUGUGAAAACAGAAUCAGACUUAGAACACGUUAACAAAGAUGGACAGCCGUUAGCUGAGAAAUUAUACCCUUUCCAAAAUGAGCUGGCAGAAAAGGCAUUAGCUGGAAAGAACACUAUAAUAUGCGCCCCGACAGGGAGUGGCAAGACAUGGGUAGCCACGCAUAUCAUCGACAGACACUUAAAAUCGGCUGUAAAAGGACAAAGUAAAAGAAAAGUAGUUUUCAUGGCAAGAAAUGGAGUGCUUGUUAAGCAACAAAUGGACUUUAUAUCAAAAGAAUUGACAUAUGCAAAUGUCAAACACAUUGAAGGCAAUACGGAAGAAUCAACGAUGAUGAACGCCUUUCUCGAAGACUACGACAUUUUUCUAUUUACACCACAAAUUCUCGUGAAUAAUCUAAACAGUGAUAUAAAAGAUUUGUCGGUAUUUUCACUGAUGAUACUUGAUGAAUGUCACCACGCUAGAGGCGAAGAACCAUAUAACACCCUGAUGAAGCAUUACCUGGAGCAAAAAACUAAUGGAGUUGCAGGAUUACCACAGAUCAUUGGGCUGACAGCAUCUAUUGGUACUGGCAGAGCUAAGUCAGAACAAGAUGCACUUGAUCAUAUUUAUCGAUUGUGUGCAAGUUUAGAUGUAAGAUGUUUAUCUACAGUAGAAAAGCACAAAGAAGAUCUUGCUAAACACUUCAGCGUUCCAAGUGAAGAAAAAAUUGUCAUGAAAAUGCGACCGACAGAUCCUUGCAGAAGUAUACUCCUUGAAGCAGUCAAGAAAACAGCGGAUGUUCUCGAUGAUUUAGCUUUGAUGGAACCAAAAUUGAUCACAUUAAUGCACAAGUGCCCUAAAGAUGUAGAAGCAAAAGCAUACGAGUUAUGGGUUGCUUCUGUAAUAAAUGUUGCCGAAUCACUCUCUGGUGGAGAAGGGAGGGAUAUUGCAACUUGUGCAAAAUAUCUUCAGGUUUACUACAAUGCCCUUGAAAUAAACAGAUUGUUAAACAAAAAGGACAUUGCCGAAUAUCUGGCAAAACAACUUGCAAACGAAAAUGAGAACCGAGAAAGUCUCACAAGUGAAGAAAAGAGGCUAUUCGAUGGCCUUAAAGAUGUGCAGAGAGAAUUGAAAAAUGUUGAAUGUGAAAAUCCAAACGUUCACGUAAUAAGUAAAAUUAUAUCCAAUCUGUUUAUUGGUAAAGAGGCUGACGCGAACUCAAGAGUUAUGGUAUUUGUUCACGCACGUGCAACAUGCAGAGCUUUGGCAGAUUUUCUUAAUGAUGAGUUGGAAAAAAUACAUGUUAAAGCUAGUCCGUUGCUUGGCAAAGAAACCAGAGGAACCGAUAAAGGUAUGACCGAGGAGGACCAAACAAAAGUAUUGAAUGAAUUUAAAGAAGGGGAAUAUAAGGUGCUGGUUGCCACAUCAAUCGGAAUGGAGGGACUGGAUGUACCAGACUGUAAUAUGACACUAAAUUACAACUUCAACGGCAACGAAAUUACUAAAAUACAAAUGUCAGGGCGCAGCAGGAAAGCCAAUGGCAAAGAAAUUAUGAUUGGAACAGAUGCUCAGUUUGCUAAGGACACGAUUGUUAUGUACAGGAUCAAACUUAUGACUGAAGCAAUAGAAAGUUUCAAGACAACCGACACCAACUCUAUUAACAGAAAGAUUCUUGAAGUGCAGAAGAAAACGUUAGAUGAUUUCAAAUGGCAACAGAAAAUUAAAAAUCUGAAACGAAACAAGCAGUCUGAUGAAAGCGACUAUGAAAUACAAUGCCGAAGGUGCGGCACGUUUAUUUGUAAUACUUCAAAUCUUCGACAGCUAGACACAUCAUAUCUUGUCGCCUUAAAAGAUUUUGAUAUAAAAAUCAAUAAAAAGGCACACACGAAAAGGGGUAACAUGGGAGCUUUACAAAAGAAAUACAAGAUGAAUUGCAAAAACUGCCCGAUGGACUGGGGAGUUAUUGGCGUUAAAGAUGGCAUUGAGUACUUUGUUUUGAAAUUAGAAAGCCUAAAGUUUAUCAGUUCUGAGAAGAUGACAACAAACUACAAGAAAUGGGACGAUAUGCCAUAUAAAAUUAAAACGCUCACGGUUCCUGACCUCGACGACAUGUAUAAUGACAGUUAACGAAAAACAAAUUAAAAGAAAUUUUAAUAAAGCUGGAUUCAGUACGUUUGUGAGAAUCUAAAGAAAAAUUCAUAUCUUUAAAACGUGCAAAAUCAACUUUAAAACUUUGAAAACAUUUCUUUUCUUCGUGUACAUUUGAUACUAGUAAUUUACUGGUAUGUUAAUACAGUGUUGUGUGUGAGAGUUUACUUAUGCUCGCCAACGGUGAGUCCUAUAAAAGAGUAAUACAAGUAGUCAUUUUAGAUUUUGGAGGAUAUUGCAAGAUACAGAUACAGAAAGAUGCCACAAUUCCAGAAGCUUCUCCUGGUUCGUAAGCGUGCCAUGUAAUUCAGCCCUCGUACACGGGACCUCGAUUUAAAGUCAAAUCCGAAAGACUGUUUAGUAAUUUUAGUUGGUCAGCCCGGGAAUCGUACCAACAAUGUCGAGAUUUUAAGUUCCGCAUUCUAACCGAUUGAGCUAUGCAGGCUGGUUUUAAUACAUGAUACGUCAUGUCUAUAUAUGGCAGAUAAUGAAUAAGUCUAGAACACAAGGAGAUAUUAUUCAUUACAAAAUAUUUUAAAUAACUUAGAAUUUCAUCAACAUGUUGUAUAAGAAUAUCCAAAUGAUACAUGCCUAUUGUGAAAUAAUUAUUGAAAAUAGGGUCAUUGUAAUAAUAAAUCACCUUAACCGGAAGCAAAUCAGAAUAACUAUACAUUUGCAUUGUUUCUUAUACAUGUAUAUCACUCGCGCCUUACCGACAUAUGUCAGGUUAAGGCUUGAUAUUUGCUAUCAAUAUAUUAUAUUAUAUAUUAACUAUUUCAGUUAAAUUUGCAGAUUUUGUGUACAAAAUAACACGAUUGAAUAAAAGUAUUGAAAU